GCGUGGCCUGCCAAUCUGGGGGAGGGGAGGGACAGCCCGCCGGGAGGGAGAACUUGAGCCCGAGGCGCAAUGGAGGAGCCCGUCACCGGCCCAGAGGGACAACCACGGUCCCUGGAGCUACCUCCUUCGGCUGUCAGUCAGGCUGCCACCCACCUUUUUGAGUUGCAGGGCUAUGGAUUUGGCGCCUGCACAGAGCAGCUGCGCCCCCCACGAAUCGUGCGCCUCGGGCUCAUCCAGAACAAGAUAGUCCUCCCCACGGAUGCCCCUGUGGCCCAGCAGGUCUCCUCCCUCCAUGGGCGCAUUGAGCAAAUGGUGGAGGUGGCAUCCCUCUGCGGUGUCAACAUCAUAUGCUUCCAGGAGGCUUGGACCAUGCCCUUUGCCUUCUGCACCAGGGAAAGGCUGCCUUGGACCGAAUUCGCAGAAUCUGCCGAAGAAGGACCCACCACACGCUUCUGCCAGCAGUUGGCCAAGAAGUACAAGAUGGUGGUGAUCUCCCCAAUACUGGAGCGGGAUGAGGCCCAUGGAGGGACCCUCUGGAACACAGCCGUGGUGCUGUCCUCCUCGGGAGCCAUCUUGGGAAAGACCCGCAAGAACCACAUCCCCAGGGUUGGGGACUUCAACGAGUCGACGUAUUACAUGGAGGGGGAUCUGGGCCACCCGGUGUUUGAGACGGAGUUUGGCCGCCUUGCUGUCAACAUCUGCUAUGGGCGCCAUCACCCGCUCAACUGGCUCAUGUUCAGUCUCAACGGUGCCGAAAUCAUCUUCAACCCCUCGGCCACCAUUGGGAAGCUCAGUGAAUCCUUGUGGCCCAUCGAAGCGAGGAACGCCGCCAUUGCCAAUCACUGCUUCACUUGCGCCAUCAACCGCGUCGGAACGGAGCUUUUUCCAAAUCCUUUCACGUCUGGAGACGGUGAACCCGCCCAUCGGGAUUUUGGGUAUUUCUAUGGCUCCAGCUACGUCUCCGCUCCGGAUGGGAGCCGAACUCCGGGCCUUUCCCAGACCCAAGAUGGCCUCCUUGUUGUGGAAGUUGACCUCAAUCUCUGCAGACAAGUGGCUGACAAGUGGAAUUUCAAGAUGACCGGAAGGUACGAAAUGUACGCUAAAAAGCUGGCCGAAUACGUUCGUCCUGGUUUUGUUCCCAAUAUUAUCAAAGAAUGAAUAUUGUUAGUUAAUAAUAAUAAUAUUUAAAAAUAAUGAAUAUUAUCAAAAAAAAUUUUUCCUUCUGAUGAAAAAGCAUCUCAAAAUGGGAAACUAUAUUGAAAUUUUCCUUUUUUUCCCUCUUGAAAAAUGUAUUCUUGAGAUAAAAUAUAAGAAUAAUAUUAAUAUUCUUAAUUGUAAUCACAUUAGAAAUUUAAAAUUAUUUCUGAUUGUGUUUAAAAGUGGUAAAAUAACAUACUAUCUAAUGAUAAGAGAUAUAAUAUAAUAACAUUAUUAGCAUUAAUAUUAGUAGUUGUAAUGAGACUGAUUACAAUAUUAAUAAUAUUAAUAGUGACAAUUGCAUAAAGAAAACUUACUGGUGAAACUAAAUUAAAUAACAUUAUUAUUAUUAUUAAUUAUAAUUAUUUACCAAAAGAACUAUAAUAAUUAUAAUAAUCAUGAUGUAAUUUGAUUAAAAUUCCAAUGAUACCAUGACAUUAAUUACAAUUAUUUUCAAAAAGAUUAUAAUAAUAAUUAUACUAAUUACAAUACACUGAUUCAUUUGCAAUUUAAAGACUCGUUAUGUUUAGCGCUUAUUUUGAUUAUAAUUGAUAUUAAAUUCAAACAUUGGACAAUAUCUAUGUAUAUUUUAAAAUAUGUUAAAAUAUAAACAUUCUAGGAAGAAAACUGUAUGACUAAUUGGAAUUGUUUGGAAAUAAUUAAAUAUUAAUUACUGGGAACCAUUUCUUUCUAUGUAUUUAUUUUUGAUCUGGAAAAAAAUCCCACAAAACCCCCCGAAAACAACUGCAAUUGAUUGCAUUAAAAACAACUUAAAACCUUUUA